AUGCUCACGCUCUUGGCGCUGCUGCUCGUUUUAGCGUCAGCCCAGCGUGCAACAGGAGUAGUGGAAGGAGAGCGGCCCAAACGUGGCGUAGUCACCAUCGACUUUGGCCUACUGCUCCGCAAUCUGCUGCAGAAGAGCGGCGAUCUGUCCUACCUCAAGGCGAACAUAACUCGUAACAUUAUUGGGGCAAAGACAUCGCGUCGCCCAGCCAUGAUGAUGACAACACCACCACCACCACCACCACCUUUUGAUUAUGACUAUGGCGAUGCAGCGCCGCCUGCACCACCAGCAGCAGCACCACCACCGCCGCCACCACCACCACCACCACCAUCACCACCAUCACCACAACCGCCGCCAGCUCCACCAGCAGCACCGCCGCCACCGCCGCGUCGUCGUCCAUAUCCGCAGCAGCUGGGCAAUCAGCUGAUAUAUCAGUACGCACAACCUACUGAUAUCUACUCUAAGCCGCGAUCCCUUGAAGGCAAUGCUCCGGCAGCGGCUGCGGCUCCGGCUGGAGAUGAGGAUGAGGCUGAGGCUGGUGCAGAGACAGAGGCAGAGGCAGACAAUGAUGAUGAAGCUAGUGAUGCUGACGACGACAAACAGUCAAAUCCAACACAAUUCGUAAUCAACUAUUCGGGCGAGAGUCAGCCAAUUGGGGAUUACUACAAGUAUGGCACGACCGGGCAAUUGGACAAGUUCAAUCCACAUGAUUUUGCUGCUGGUGGUGCUGUCAGUUUGGGAUUCAAUCAGCUUAACGCAUCGCCAGGGCUCCCACUGUCCAGAUUUUAUUUACAGUAA